CUUCAUCACCACUGACGACAACCAUUGAACGAUCUAAGGUUCGCCUUGGGUCUUCCUUCCACUUGAAAGCGGUCGAGCACCUGCAACGUGGCUGCCGCCAUACAAACCCUGAGUCCCGAUCAGCACAAUAGAGCACCGCGCAUCUCGCCGAAGAUGGAUCAACUUCGAGCGAUCUUUCAACCUCACCAAUUCACAGCCGACGAGCAGUACAUCGAUCUAUAUCAUGUCUACGACAACCUGUCUCGUACCCCAUACCAAGACGGCCUCGGCAUCGUAUGCGGAGAUCGCGAUGUCUACACCAUGAAUGCUUGGCAUGUUAUCACGCCUUCUGCUAUGAGGAAACAUCUUGAGUGGAGCAAUCGUACUCUCACGCAAUUCAUAUCCUUCUACAAAAAUCAGCGAGACGCGGAGGACGAGCAACAAAGACGACGCAAUCAAACACGGGUUGCAGGCGGCCACUACAGGAAACCAGAGUCCGUGCGCAUUGCGCAUGUGCGCCUGGAACGGAAUACACACGUUUGGGCUUUCUCGCGCAAGGAGAUGCUGAGCAUGAUGGGCAGCCUUGAUCCUGCGUCGCAGAGGGAGUUGUCCCCAAUGUCUGGACUAAACGAGUGGUUUGUUUGGGGACUAGUUCCUGACAAAUGUGUAGAGAAUAGACGUUCACUUUGAGAGUGAUUAGAACGAACGAACAAGUAGAUACUGUUUG